AGAGAGAAAGAGAGAGAGAGAAAGAAAGAGAGAGAAGAGGCACUCGGAAACGCGCGUCUCGCGAGCAGAGAGCGUAAUACCGCGUACCUCUGAAAGAGCUCAAGGAGGAAUAACGCGCGGUGGGCUCUCCUGCGUGUUCGCGCGUCUUCGGUUAAGUUCGGCGGCAUUCGACACCCUCGGCCGCCGUUGCCGCCGUAACCGCCGCCGUAGCCGCCGUAGCCGCCGCCGCCGCCGCACGAGUCUGCUGACGCGAGACGAACGGCCGCGACAGCUCGGCUCGGGCCGACAGACGCGUCCGCGACACCAAGUAGGAAAGUACCGUUUUCUCUCCGCGCAAAGAGAGUCUCGAACAGCGGCACUAUACGACGAGACGACGGCUAUCAUAUAUACCUAUUGCUCUUUAUUAUUAUAUUAUAUAUCAUUCGUCGACUUUUCCUCGACUUCAUAUCGAGUUUCUAUAAACAUUUCUGGAAAUUACAACGUUAUUUGGAAACAUUUCGAAGGAACAGUGUACAAAAGUGAUACAAAACAGUGUGUUCCUACGACUCAAUCAACAUUGUUAAUUUCUUUGAAAUCUCUCAAAGAGAGAUCAGUGUUUCUUUGUUCAUAGUGUAAUCCGAAGGUGAAUUACGAAGGAGAAAUAUCGUAAUUAAUUCUACGUCAUCUUUCUUUGGGAUAAUAGAAUUUCGAAGAUCGUUUGUUUCAUAUCGUGAAUAUUAUUCUAUAAAAGGUUUAUUCCUUUUAAAAGUUUAUACAUCGCAGGAAUUAAGAUAUUAACGAUCUUCGUGAAGUCUAUUUUGAUUCGUUCAGUUCGAAGAACGAUCCUGAAAGAAGAGUCCACUCGGAGAAUAGUUUAAUCUUUUCACUUGCGAUUGUUGUAAGGUGUACGGUGAGAGAGAGAGAGAAAGAGAGAGAGAGAGAGGCGCGCUUAGGUCGAAGAUCGACGGCCGACGGUGCGCCGUUGAUAUGCGGAACGUCUCAAAUCUCUUAGCAUCGUGAUUUUUUCGAGUGAAGACCCCUAGAAAAAGCUGGACCAAAUGAGAGGUCUGGCAAGGUACACUCCAGGUGAGAGAAGCACGGGAUGGAUCCAUGGGACAAGGCUUAUUUCGCUGGACAACUUUGAAAAGUACCGAACGAAAUCUGAAAACGAUCAAGUCUGAUCGCCUUGUCGAUGUCGCAACUUAACUAUCAUCGGAAUUCUCAUCGUAAAUCUAUUUUCAUUGUGAGUUCAUCGUAAAAUAUCAUCAAUUGGAUCCUAUCUACGUUUUCUAUCUACGAUUUAUCCAAGAGAAAUCGUUUUCGUUGGAUCCAAAAAGGAUUAGCGUGUGAGACAAAUCGCCAAUAAAAAAAAAAAAAAGAAAAGUUCAAGUGCUAAAGUGGAUGUGGUGGCCGUGCGACGAAUUGGUGGAAGGUGGUUGUUGUGGACGACAUCAACGACGACGACGCCGACGAAAGUGCAAGUGUUCACGUUCCUUUUGCGGUUGUUGUUAUUGUUAUCGUUAUUUCGUUGUUCUCAUUGUUGAGUCCAAGUGGCCGUACUGACGGUGCUCGUCCUCGUUCACGUUUUUACGAUGGUUUCCAAGUCAUUUAUGACCCUGGUGUUCCUCGUGUGCCUACAAACGGUUUUACUCUCCACCGUGAGCAACUGCGCGAAGGCGAUCAGCUUAUAUUGGAACACCACGAAUUCGAUAUUUCGAAUAGACAACACGGAUCAUAUAAUAGACGUGAACAAGAACAACGCGGUGUUCGAGUACGAUCAAGUGAACAUAAUUUGUCCGAUGUAUAAAUUGGGCACAUAUGAUCCGGAGAAAUAUCUCAUUUACAACGUGUCCAAGGAGGAGUACGAGACGUGUCGAAUAACAAACCCAAAUCCUCGCUUAAUAGCAAUUUGCGACAAACCAUACGAGGAUAAGUACUACACGAUCACCUUCAGGCCGUUCACGCCGCAACCUGGGGGCCUCGAGUUCCUGCCUGGCCACGAUUACUACUUCAUCAGCACCUCGUCCAAGGAAGAUCUACAUAAGCGUAUCGGCGGACGAUGCACCUCCGACAACAUGAAGGUUGUCUUCAAGGUUUGCUGCAGCAACGACACCUCCUCCUCAUCCGCCACGUCUCGCAACAACUCCGUAGCCGUGACCAGCAGCACCGUGCCCAGCAGCAGCUCAACGAGCACCGCGGUUUUAGGCGGAGGAGCUGGUGGUAUGAUGCCACCACCACCGCCACCGAGCGUCCUCAAGGGUGGAGAACGAUUCUACCCGGGAGGCAACAUUCAUCAUCAUCGCGAUCAUCAUCAACCGGCUACGGUGAUGCCGACCCAUGUUCCCCCUUCAGCGUUGUACCCUGUACAUCCGCAUCAGCCACAGCCUCCGAUUCACAAUGGACCCCCGUCUGUCUCCUCGCCGCCAAAGACCUCGAUUGGACAGAAGAAAAAGAAUAAGGAAUACUCCGAUCAUCCUAAUGAGGUGGUGAAGAACGAAGAACUAACGUACAACGGCGCGACGUCGUAUGGGUUCGGGCAGGUCCUGUUCCUGAUGGUCUCUAGCGUUCUGAUAAGUGUUCUCAUGCCGCAAUUGCUGCGGUGAAGCGACGACAUUACCAACGAAGAGCGUAUCCCAUGCGUCGAACCCCUUCUUCUGUGAUUAUCCUACGUUUAAUUAAUUUCUUGAGGCACGCAGCGCCUCUAUCGUGCGCUGCAGGCCCUCGAUCGUGGGACACGCGCGCAGAUCAACCAUCAUUCGGUUUGACCCGAGACCGAAUACUGAGAAGGAAAGAAGAGAUAUCUAUUAGAUACUGCUGGUAAGAAGGUAUAGAUAUAUAUACAGAUGGACCUAGAAAGACUACGUGUCUGAAUAAAAGACUCGUGGCAAAGCCAUAUUAAUUACUAAUAAAAAGGAAAGACAAGCGGGAUGGCGUAUAGAUGUCGAGAUGGUCAAGCAAGACGACGAACGACGAAGAAAGAUAAAGGAGAGCGAAGAAAAAAAAAAUGUUGAAAAAAAAAAAGAUGAAGAAAAAGAAAAGAAGUAACAAGGAGAAACGCUGCUACUAGAUACUAUUAUAGUACGCCCACUAUUAUCACUACUAUAAAUGGUAGUCGUAUUGGUUGUCCUUCGUAUCGUUACGCUAAUUCUAGGUAUUUAUUCGAAAUACAAGAGAGCGUGAUAAAAGAGAGAGAGAGAGAGAGAGCGAGUGUAUGAAAGUAAUGUGUGACGCGUGAGAAAAGUUGUGUGCGAGUAGCGUGUUAAAUAUCUUCGGAGCGAAUAACGUUAGCCGCGCAUACGAGUUAUAAUCUAGCCAGAAAAACAAACGAACCUUCGUCGAAUCGACGGAAGACGAAACUUAAACGAUUUUUCUCGACAAGAACAAUGAGAUUAUCCAUCGUUGAAGAACUAACGUUGAAUCGUUCUAACGGUGAAUCGUUCCAGCUCGUUUCCCGUUUGAAUCGUCCUGCGCGUUUACCUGUACAUUCGUUGACCCACGAUAAUUAACACGCCUGUAAAUAAAUUCCUAACAAAUAUGUACAAGUGACUCCAGCGGCUUCUUCGAGCUGCAAGGAGAUUUAGGAGAGUGCCGUAUACUAGACGAAUCUUAUAUAUGACGCACGAGAGAGAGAGAGAGAGAGAGAGAGAGAGAGAGAGAGAGAGAGAGAGAGAGAGAGGAAGAAAGAAAGAUAAAACGCAUAAAUUCCCACCAAAACGUAAAGACCCGUUUGUGAAAUUUAUACAACAAAAACGCGAGAACGAUCCAUCGUCGAUAUUGAAAAUUUCACAAAAUCGAGCGACAGUUCAAUGGAUUUAUCCCGAUCAUGUGCAUCGAUUCAAAUUUGACAAAUCGGCGAUUGUCGACUAUCUCUUCUCGCCUCGAUCGUGGCAAAAAAUAUAUAUUAUCCGUGCGAGAGAGAGAGAGAGAGAGAGAGAGCGAGCGAGAGAGCGAGAGAGCGAGAGAAAGAGAGAGAGAAAGAGAGAGAGAGAGAAAGAGAGAGAGAGAAUUUAAGCGCCAAUGAGAUAAUUCUCUGUGAGUGCGUGAAAAUUGCGAGAAUGUGAAAAUUUGUAUAAUACCUGUACCAUAUUGAACUCUAUCUAUAGAUCUGUAUUAUAUUUAUUAUCCGCUAUUAUUACACUACGAAUAUUCAAUCGAUAUUCUAUAUUUACUAGUAAAAUAUUAAAUUUAAUAGCGAAUAAAUUGCGUAUCGACGGUGGGAGACAAAGGGAAACAGAGAAAGAAAGACAGAAAAAGAAGGCUUAUGAGAAAGGAGAACAAUGAAGACUCGAGGCCUCUUAUUCUCAACGUACGGCUAAACUCUCGUCGCAUUUGUUGUUUUUUUCUCUUUUUUUUUUUUUUUUUUUUUUUUUUUAUACUAUCCGUUAUGUCGGAUCUAUGAGUAAGCAUUAUCUAUUCGCGAAUUUAAUCGAUUGGGCCGUUCGAUCGUCUUCUUUCCUUUUUUCUUUGUAUCUUGCAUUAUCUUUUUGUUCUCUUUCUGUUAUUUUUGUAAUUCUAUUUAUUGUCCGUCGUUUCACACGCCACACCUACGCAUAAUACCUACAUUGAUAUACACGACACGCGGCACAUUACACACAUUAUACACAAUUACAGCGUGAGUUGUUGCGCGCGCGCGCGCGCACGACGAAAACCGCGAGAAUUCGAGAAUGCAAGAGAAUAUAAGCGCGGACGAAUUUUCGUUUCGCAUUCGCCAUUGAGAGAUGUUUAGAUUUAAUGAAUUAUUAUUGUAAAUAUGUGUAUGCGAAAGAAUAUCGUAUGAUAAUGAUCAUGAUGAUAAGACGAUUUUGUUAACGCUGGAGAAAAGAGGGAAUUUGCGAAAGAAUCGAAAAAGACCGAGAGAACGAAAGAGGACGAGAAAGAGAGAGAAAGAGAUAUCCUUCUUAUUCCGAAUCGUAGAUAAAGAAAAAAUGAUAGAGAGGAUCCUUGAACGCAUAGGCCGCUCGAUCGACCAAUCGUUUUCGUCUUUCGUCAAACGGAUCGUCGUCCUUUCCUGCACCGACCUAGAAAAGAACGAAAACAAUGAAUAAGAUCGGCCAAAAGCGAAACAAAGCGAAAGAAAAGAAAUAACUAAAACGCGUGUUUAAUGUUAUCCACUACAGUAUUGUUAAGCCUAAGUAUUACAUGCCUACGAUCCACGUCUGUUUGUCUGUCUGUCUGUUCGCGUGUCUGUUUACCGUUUGUAUACUUUUUCCUCAUACGUUAUUAAUCGCAAUAGCAUAUCACAAUGAAUAUUACGAUGAUGACUUUUUACGAACAUCAAUAGGAGACGAUUUUAUCGGCCGCAUUAACGAUUCGUUGAAAAUUUUGUUUUUGACGUUACUCCGUUUAUUUUCUAUUUUAUUUUGAAGAUCACGGACACUUUCGUUUCCAUUUGAAAUACGUUUUUGCAACGACAGUCGAAGGCUGUAAACCGAGAACCUCAAAGACAAUCACUCGCACAUUGUAAAUUAUCCGAAGCUUUUUCUCAAAGUAGAUUGAUCGUAAACGCCAGAAUCCCGUAGCUAAUCGACUUACGUCCGAAAUAGAAGAACUUCACGCAGAUGUAUGUACAUACAAUAAUGUUCGGUUCAUGGCCCGUCUCGUUCAAGAACGUACGUAAAGUUCCCUUUACGUUGUCACAUUCGUCGUAUAAUUAAUUAUUUUUUUUUUUUUAUUCAUCGUGCGAACUUUGAAUCGUAAAAAGCAUCAGUGGAAAUCGUCUCUCAUUGUUAAUUUAGUAAACGAUCCAUCAUCGAAUCCACAAUUGAUCACAUACACACACUUCAGCGCCAAUAAAGCGAUGCAGCAAACGUACAUAGAUCCACGUGAAUGGUACUCGUUCGUACGGACGAUAGGUGAAUACAGUAUAACAAUAAUAUAGAAACGAACUAUCGAUAGAAAAUAGACAAGGUCACUCACUGCAGUUUAUUUUAUUUUUGUCUCUUUCUCCUCAUUUUAUUUUUCACAUCCUAACGCAUCCAUUCCAUGCAGACCGAAUCUCCUAUCCACAUUUUUUUUUUCUCUCCAUGGAUCCAUGGUUCGCGACGUGACAGUGUUCCACUAUACGAAGAUAUAUUUUGAUAGAUACGAAAAAUGUUCAAAGCACAGAAUAUCGCUAAAGAAUUUGUAUCUAUACGUGCAUAAAGUAUAUGUAUACAUGCUGAUGUAUUCAAGUACAUAUGUAGAAAAUCAUUCUACAUCCUAUGCAAUACCUGUCUAUUUUAGCGCGAAACUAUCUAUCUCGCUAUCCUGGUCAACGUUACUGGCGUCCCCAUAUAAAAUCGUCUGCAAAAGAUAAAGUGGAACGCGUCCUGCCUUCGUACCUAAACUUUAUAUUAUUUUUAUUUAUUUAUUUUUCUUUUUUUUUUCUUUUUUAUUUUUCUUCUUCUUCUUUUUUUUUCAAUAUUCUCUCACAGCGACAUACAUAUUUGUAUUUUAUGUUUGUUCAGAUCUUUUACGUCAACUAUUCAUUCUCGCUUGUGUAUGCGCGUGCAAGAACAAUGUUGAGAAAAUGUGGAGGUCCUUUGAACCGCGACCGAAGGACACGCGUUAUAUUCUCACCUAUAUAAAAUAUAUAAAACUUAUAUGGAAGGAUUCGUCCUUCUCAUUUAUCAAGACCGGAGUUAACAAUUUACACCGCGUCUUAUACACUGCCAGCGGUUUGAUUAAACUGUAAAGGCCGAAGGAGGAAAUAGGAAGAAAGAUAGAUAGAAAGAGAGAGAGAGAGAGAGAGAGAGAGAGAGAGAGAGAGAGAGAAAGAGAGAGAGAGAAAGAGAGAGAGAGAGAAUGAGACAGAAAAUUUUUCUUAUUAAGUAGAAAAGGAAAAGAGAAAAAGAGAAAGAGAGAGAGAGAGAGAGAGAGAGAGAGAGAGAGAGAAAGUGAGCGAGAGAAAAAGAGCGAAAGCGAGAGAGAGAGAGACAUUUUUGUAAAUAAGACGAUCGAUAAACAAUUAACACAAUGAAAUUUAUAUUAAAUGCAUAGUAAGUACGAGAUAGGUUUCUAAUAACGAUUUAUUAUAAAAGUGAAUGUACGUUGAUGUCUAAGAUUUUUAACAUGAAAACACACAAAGUGGUUAUAAUUAACUAUGAUUAUUACUCAUAGAACGAGAACACAAGUACUAAUUAAACGAGAGGGUUUAAAAUACGAAGCCACAGUUAGACAGAUCGUGAAUCUCUCACGGCGCAUAUAUUAUUUUAUAUUCGGUACAUACAUUGACACAUACGCUCACCGUAAUGCGGUAAACGUACACGGCAUCAUGUGAAAAAAAAAAUUAAAUUCUCACUGAAUGGUUGAAAAAUGAUUGUCGAGUUCGUAGGUAAACGAAAAAAAAAAAAAAAAGAAAAUAUUGACAUACCGUCGAUUUUUUAAAAUGAUUUAUCUAAUUAUAAUGUAAUUGGGAAUAUCGUGAGAUGAUCAAGUGCCGUGUACGUUUGUUGCAAAAACGGGUAUGUUAGAUUGCGUGUGCACAUUCAGUACAGUACGUUGUUCAUUAAACAAAGCAUACAAUACAAAGUAGCGUAGCGUUCAUAAUGGUAGUCCACUGUAGCGAAAUAGUGUUUAAACAAAGCAAACAAAAAAAAAACCGGAAAAAAGACAUAAUCAACAAAAAAAUUGCAGGUAACCGUACGUAAUAAAAUCGUAAAACGAUCUUCAUAAAGGAUACACGCAUACACAUAUACACUGAUACAUCCAUACACACACACACACGCACACACACAUAUUAGAGAGCACAAGAGAAGCAAACGAGAAAAAACACACGUACACCACUCGAAGAGAAGAAAAAUCGUCUCGUUCACGCGGUAAAAAAGGGAGAUUCCAUGUGCGCGCGUGUGAGUGUGAGAGAGAAAGAAAGAGAGAGAGAGAGAGAGAGAGAGAGAGAGAGAGAGAGAGAUGAGAGAGAGAGAGAGAGAGAAAGAGAGAAAGGAAGAGUGUGUGAAAGAAGAAGAAUGCGAGAGAGGGAGAAAGAGGAAGGAAGAGAGUUAGAAUGAAAGAGGACACAAGAAAGGAUGCAAGAGAGAUGCGAUUGGCGCGUACGGUGCGUGUUAUCAAGAGUAGUACACGCAAAAUGGAAGAUAACAAUGCGCGAACGUAGAAACGUUGGCGUCACAUAAGUUAUGUAGGUAUAUUGUAUAUGUAUAUCGAUAUCAAAGAUAUAUCGAUGAAAAAGUUAAAAAAAAAAAACAAAAAAAAAAAAAGAAGAAAGUAAAACGCGUGAAAUGACACCUGACGAAAGGGAAAUGGGGACCGAGUCUCCUUUUACUCAUCUACACACAUACAUAUACACCGAUGCAAUGGCAUGCUCGCCUCGGUGUAGGUUUUGUUUGAAAGUACCUUGCGCGAAUCGUCUCUGUAGUACAAAAGAAUGCUCGAUGUAUGAGAUAUAUACGAUCGUUCCACUUGAACGACGUAUAUUUUUCAAUCGUUGGUAAACCCAUGGCAUCGAUUCGAAUAAUUAAUUGUUCUGUAUUUUUUUUUUUUUUUUUUUCUUUUUUUUUCUAUUUCUUCUUUUUUCCUCUACAUUAAGGAAAACAAAUAUAAUCCUUGAAAAUAACGUGAAAAUUUCCAAAUAAAGGAUGUUAGAAUAAAAUAAAACAUUUUAUAAAGAUUUCUUUUCUCAUUUAAUUGAUCGGAUGCCUUGGUCGAAGAUUUUUUUAGAGUUUUCAUUUAAAAAUGAAUUUGCUCGUGUACUCGCCGUAAACAUAUCUUACUUUUUAACUCCUAUUCUGUGAAAAAAGAGCUGAGAAAGAGAAAGCGCGGAAAAAAGAGAGAGAGAGAGAAGAAUCACGAAUGAAAGAGGGAAGGAAAGAAGUAAAGGAAAAAAAUGAAUUUCUGUUCGGUCGUAUUCUUGAAUUUUUUCGCGAGACUUCAAAAGCUCUAUUAAUAUAUUUGUCAUCUCAUUUUGCUUCAUACAUUCCAUCAAAAUUGUAAAAGACACUGUGUAUACGGACAAACGCUUUACACUUGCAUAAAGUAAAGAUAAAGUAUUUGAAUUGUUAUCGCGAGCAAAGGUUUUAUGAAUUGUUUGAUGAACGUUCGAACGAUGCACGUCGUCGAUUCUACUGAAGUACAUUUUUAAAUAUCAAUUAAUUCUCCAGUAGAUUCGAUUUGAAUGAUCUUCGGACUAUUUGUGAUUAUCGUUUGGCCUAAAAUAGCGAAAGCCUCGUAAUUGCAUAUUAGAGACAACGAAUUUUUCAAAGUAGGGCUAUCAAGUUAUAUCCAUCUAAAUAUUUCGCGUUCUUAUUUAUAUUUUUAGCACGAUGGCGAUUCAUAUGCAAAAAAAAAUGGUUGUGAUGUGAUUUCGUUGAUUCAGGGCACGUUCCAGAACGAGAUUCAUAAACUUGUUUUACCUGAUAAAAUAUCGCGUCGUUUGAAGAUCAGAUUUAUAGAAAUUUCUAAUAUUCUACGAAGUUUCGCAAAAUUUUCUUCGAAUUAGGCCCACGUUAAUAAGAAUCGAGAUUCGAAAAAGCGGAUAGUGUAUUUGCCAGAGGUACUUUACGUCAAUUAUUUCGUGUAACGCUUCAUUGUACGUGUGAUCGAUGAUAUCUCACCGUUUUGUCGUAAAGAUAAAUAUGACUUAUGAUAGCAUGGAUGUCAAUGUUUUCGAGACUAGCACGGUACAAAAAAGCUCACAUCAUGGAAUACCGCAAAACUUUGUAUAGCGACAGUUAUAACUUGCACAAGGUCACCCAAAACGUGUAAUAUAUUUGGAUGUAUAUUUAGUCGAGAAACACUUGUUUGUGUCGAAAAAUGCGAAGAUGUGUGCAUGAAAAAUAAUCAUUCUCUCCGCUAUACAUAAUUACGAUUAUUUCGUUCUUAAAAACCAAUAAAACUUCAUUUGCGUCCGAAUUUUACGACGAGAUAAAAGAAAAGCAUCGAUACGAUAAGAGAUUUCGUGAAUGAAAAGCGAAAUAUUAAGAUAAUUUAUCGUUAGUUCCUAGAUUACGAAGAGUCCUAUUACUUCGAUGUGAAUUGGCGGGUUAUCGAAAAGGUGGAUAAAAAGAUUAAUUUAUGAAAAGAAGCGAAGAAACGAAUUUAUAUCCUAUGAGGCUGCGGGACAAAAGACUUGAAAAAAAAAAAAAAUAGAUAAAACGAGGCUGCGCCUUGAAAUGAUGUACUUUGAUGCGAAUUUCGAUUGAAAUGAUGUUCGGUCGAUUUAUACUGAAAGUAGAUCCAGCGGAGAGAAACGAGAAAUUAUUAAUUGUGCGUAAAUGCAGGGAACGAUAUCGCUUGAUGAUCUUCAAAACGCACUGGAAAGCACACUCAUGAUCUAGAAAUAAAUAUUAAAAGAAAAAAAAAAAAGAAAAAAAAAGAAAAAAAAAGAGAGAGAGAGAGAUUGAGAGAUUAAAAAAAAAAAAAAAGAAGAAAAAGAAAAUGUGAAGAACGGCAUGAAGAAAAACCACGUGGGAAGGCCCAUUUGUCGCACUUGUUUGAAAAAAGAAAAAAAGAAAAAAAUAAGAUUAUUACAAGAAUGCACAAGUAGUAGUGUACACACGCAUGUACUGUUUGUUACCGCGAAUAAAUAUGCGAGUUUAAAAUCAGGUUUGAUUUAUGUGUACACGGUGAGGGCCGAGCUUCGUACGAAAAAGAAACGCAGGUGCUCGCGCGAGAAUGAUUCAAUGAUGGUCCUUUUUCGAAUGAGGACGAUCGAAUUUCAACGCGUUCUACUUGCGCAUCGGAAAAAAAAAAGAAAGAAAAAAGAAAAAAAAAAAGAAAGGAUAAUACAACAUUUCUCCUGAGCACACGCGUUUUCUUAAUACGGCGAUAUUGUUAUUAUAUGAACGAACUCAAGACGGCAUGGUAUACAAGGCUAAGAACAAGACCUAAAAUGGGGACAUAAUAUUUUAUAACUCAACUUUUGUACAGAAUAAAUAAAUACUUGUACUGUGGA